GGGCGUGCGCAUUUGAAAGCCAAAUCUCCAAUUAAUUUCCUUCUUUCUUUCUCCUCUCUCCCUCUUCAAGCCCACGCUCCCAAUUUGUACUCCACCAAACAAAGGAAAAAGUGCCCACGGUUUUGUGGUAGCAGUUCAGACUCAGGAGCUCAGAUCCUCUUCUUGGUCCACCUAACCCUUCACCUACCCUUUGGCUCUCAAGGGGAACAAAUCUUAUAUAUAAACAAAACCCAUAUCGGAUUCAGACCCCUUAUCUUAAUUUUUGGGGGAUUUUUUGGGUUCCUCUUCAAUGGAUUUCUUGCAAUCCAACAACGCCCAUUUCAUCGGUAUCGCCGUCGCCGUCGCCGCCGUCGGCAUCGGCGCCGCCUACUUGUUCAACGCCCAUUUCAUCGGUAUCGCCGUCGCCGUCGCCGCCGUCGGCAUCGGCGCCGCCUACUUGUUCCUCAGCAAGAAAUCCAAGGGUUGCUUGGACCCAGAAAACUUCAGGGAUUUCAAGUUGGUUGAGAAAAGGCAGCUGAGCCAUAACGUGGCUAAGUUUAGAUUUGCCCUCCCAUCACAGACUUCUGUGCUUGGUUUGCCUAUUGGGCAACACAUUAGUUGCAGGGGAAAGGAUAGUGUAGGUGAAGAAGUUGUCAAACCUUAUACUCCUACAACUUUGGAUUCAGAUGUUGGGUAUUUUGAACUGGUUAUCAAGAUGUAUCCUCAAGGAAGAAUGUCUCAUCAUUUUCGUGAGAUGAAAGUUGGCGACUACUUGUCCGUAAAGGGUCCUAAGGGGCGCUUCAAAUAUCAAACUGGACAAGUUAGAGCAUUCGGAAUGCUAGCUGGAGGAUCUGGCAUAACUCCAAUGUUUCAGGUUGCAAGAGCUAUAUUGGAGAACCCAAAUGACAAGACAAAUGUUCAUCUUAUCUAUGCCAAUGUCACAUUUGAGGAUAUCCUUGUAAAGGAAGAGCUAGAUGGCCUUGUUAAGAACUAUCCAGGUCGCUUCCAAGUUUACUAUGUGUUGAAUCAGCCUCCUGAGGUCUGGAAUGGGGGUGUUGGUUUUGUGUCCAAAGAAAUGAUUCAAACUCAUUUGCCAUCACCAGCCACUGACAUCCAGAUUUUACGAUGUGGUCCACCUCCCAUGAACAAGGCCAUGGCAGCGCACCUCGAUGAGCUUGGUUACACAAAGGAGAUGCAAUUCCAGUUCUAGAUGCCUUUUGAUAUUGUGGUGGACUUAGAAUCAUUUGUCUGAUUAGUGACUGAGAACCAAAUUGAAAAUUUUCUCAUUGUACUGUUGGAUCUCUUAAUCCUAUAUCCCGUAAGAUAUGAAAAAUGUUACAAUCUAUGGGAUUCUUUUCUCAAUACUGUGAACUUCUCCUGUUGAGAUCCUGUGGAAAAUUGGGCUUCAAGUUUCUUUCUUGUAAGGAAAAAUCCCAAUAACACACGUUUUAUUUUAUUGGAUGGGUGAUAUUGACAGUGAUGCAAAGUUGGAUAUCUUCAA